UGGUGAGGGUGGAGGUGCGAGAUUACGACGCCAAGAGAGAUGCCAAGGCGGUGGAAGAGGUGGAGCGGGUGUGCGAAGUCGGCAGCGCCGCCGGGAAACUCGCCAUCUUCACCGACCUGAUGGGUGACCCGUUGUGCCGAGUCCGGAACUCCCCUGCUUUUCAUAUGCUUGUUGCAGAGGCGGUGGAGAUUACCAUGGACGGAAAACAAACCAGAGAGAUGGUCGGGAUGAUCCGUGGUUGCAUCAAGACUGUUUCUUGCGGGAAGAAGCUUUCAAGAAAUAGUAAUAAUAUGAAAAACAACAAUAAUAGUCAUCUCCCUGUUUACGCCAAAGUCGCCUACAUCUUGGGCCUUCGCGUCUCUCCUUCUCACAGGAGGAUGGGUAUUGGACUGAAACUGGUUAAGAAACUGGAGGGGUGGUUUAUGGAGAAUGGUGCUGAAUAUUCUUACAUGGCCUCUGAAAAUGACAACAAAGCUUCUAUCAACCUCUUCACUCAUAAAUGCGGUUACUCACUCUUUAGACGGCCUUCUAUACUGGUCCAACCCGUUUUUGCCCACCGGGUCCGGGUCUCCGAUAUGGUCACCAUCAUAAAGCUCAGCCCCGGCGACGCGGAGGUUUUAUACCGCCGGCGUUUCUCGACCACCGAGUUCUUCCCGCGCGACAUCGACUCCAUUCUGAGGAACAGGCUGAAUCUUGGAACCUUCCUCGCCGUACCGAAGGGCCGUUACACCGCCGAGUCAUGGCCGGGCUCCUACGAGUUCCUGGCGGACCCGCCCGAGUCGUGGGGCGUGUUGAGCGUAUGGAACUCGAUGGACGUGUUCAAGCUGGAAGUCCGGGGAGCGUCCAAGAAGCUAUUGGGCUUCGCGAAGACGACGCGUUUACUGGACCGGGCCUUUCCCUGGCUGCACCUGCCGUCUGUCCCGGAGGUUUUCAGGCCGUUUGGUCUGCAUUUUCUGUAUGGGCUCGGCGGGGAAGGCCCGUUGGGUGUGAAGUACAUAAAGGAGCUCUGCGGGCUGGCCCACAACCUGGCGAAGGAGAGAGGGUGUGGGGUGGUGGCGACGGAGGUGGCGAACGGCGACCGGCUCAGUUUAGGGAUCCCACACUGGAAGAAGCUAUCGUGCGCCAACGAUUUGUGGUGCAUAAAACGGCUGGGGGAAGAGUCCAGUGACGUGGCGGCCGGUGAUUGGACGAAGUCCCAACCUGGUCUCUCCAUUUUUGUUGAUCCUAGGGAAGUCUAGAUGAUUUGGUGGCCCAGCCCAUACUACUAGUAAUAGAAUCUAAUUUAGUUUUAGGAGUUCUUAAUUACAAAAAUUAAAGAAAAAAACAGUGAACCAACAAAGAAAGGUUGUCCUUUUUCCUUGUAGAUCUUCUCUUAUUAUUAUGACCUUUUUCGUGCACUUCUUUCUAUGGCUUAUUAUAUUGACGUUCCUCUUUAUGUUGAGCUAUAAGUUUCUCUACUUGGGAGGAUUAUUUAAAUCAAUCCAUCCAGAUUUUGCUGAGGAUUAUUUCUAUCUAUUCCAUGUAUAGCGCCGCCAGGGAAUAGUUUAUUGAAAUGGUUCAUAAAUAAAUUAAGUUUCAUACGGA